UGCAUUCGUAAACGUCGACGGCGUCUUGGGCCUGGCUUCACAAGCACGAUGGCCAUUGACGAGGCAGGUCCCUCCACGCAGUCGGGGCAGUCUGAACAAGCGAGUCAGAAGAAGCGCUUUGCGCCCUCGGCACUUCUUCCUCGUGCUCAGUACCUCGCCAUCGAGUAUCCGGGCGUGCUCAAGCCGCGUGCUGAUGAGGAGGACGACACGCUCGUCAAUGCACUCAAGACGCUUGCGCCUGGGCCGCCGGAGUUUGCCUCUCCGGUCGCGGCGCUCAAGCAUCUGGGCAGACUUGUGGACACUCAAAAGACGCUCCUCGAAUGCAGGCUGAGCUCGACGGCCAGCAGCGAGGAAGCCUAUCGACAUGCGCUACAGGGCGAAGUGCAGCCAUCACACAAUGUCGUACUCCGAGUCAAAAAACGGACGUGGAAGAGGAAGAAGUCGUCGGGGGCGGACGAUGUUUGUCGAGAGUACACCGUCUCGGCCUCCGGUGUUGUCCGUCACGUCGCCAAAUUCAAGACGAUGGCCGACUUUCUCUAUGACCCAGGGCUACGCCUUGACUCGUCUUCUGCUGGGCCAGAGCAGGGCAGUACGGCGCUCAAAUUUCUUCAAGAUGUAUGCAAAAUGGAUGCGAAUGCGCUUCUGGCAUUUGACCUGGAAGGCGAACGUGCAGACGCCAGUCGUCCCAUUGACAUGACGCCGCCGCCGCAAUUUGCUCGCAGGGACGCGCCUCUCAGCUACGGCUUUCGUCAGAAUCCGAGCUCGCAGCUGGUUGGGUACGGACCCGUGCAGAGCGAUGGAACCCAGGCGAUGCGCUUCGAGCAUCGUCUUCGAGACGCCAAUGUCUUUCCAGCACAGUUCAGUAUGGUCGGCAGAUCGGCUCGCAGCAAGGUACCGAUGGACUCCAAGACGGCCAACAAGGGAAAGGGCCGCGCUCUCGAUGAGCAAUUAGUGGCUGCUCUGAAGCAGCGCUUUGAGGAGAGGCCCAUGUGGACGAGGCCAGGCCUUCUUAACCAAUUCUCGCCAGCGGAUAGGCGAAUACUAUUCAACCAUAAGCAACACAUUGCCGAGUGCUGCUACGCUAUUACGAAUGGCUGCUGGCGAGACUGCCUGGUCAAGUUUGCCUAUGACCCGCGAAAGGACAAAGAAAGCAGGUUCUACCAGCGAAUGGGUUUUCAAGCAAAGACCAAGAGGCACGCUGCUCCGUUGGGCCAUGGACGAAAGCGGGCUUCUGCAGAGGUAGAAGAAGACGAAGGCGGGAGUCCACAUGGGGCAGCUAGAGCCGAUGGGCCAGAGGAAGGCGAUGCCGAUGCCCGCGCCGACAGCCACAUCUUUGAUGGUGUCACUCCUUUUCCCACGCUCAACAGCUUCAUGCUCAUUGAUAUCACAGACGAGAUUGCUCGGCCUUACAUCGAUGCGACCGGACCACAAGCGCUCAGGGACAAGCCCGACGAUGUCUCUGGCUGGUACACGGCUGAGCAGUGGGAGAAGAUCCGCACUGUCCUCCAGCUGCGAUUUCACUUUCUCGCCAACCAGGGCAUCCCGGCGCCCGCGGAGAAGUGUGCUGCUGCAGUCGCUCUGGUCGAGGCCAGGUUCCGAGACACUGGCUCCAAGGGGCGGCAAGAGUCUCAUGAAGCCGAUGAUGAUGAUGAUGACAUGUCUGAGCAGUCCGAAAAUGUACAGUAGACUAGCAUAAAGCACGCCUCAGCCGUGGCAACGGAGUCUGUGCAGACG